AUGCCCGUCUCUUUUGCGCGUCUGGCCGGCCCCGCGGCGAAGCGGGUGUGCCUGAACGCCUCCCGUUCCCACGUCCGAUCCGCAUUCCCUUCACGACCCAUUGCGCGGUGCCUGUCGACCUCACUGCCCCGCCGAUAUGCCCAGGUCGACGAGAGCCAGCGCACGCGCUUGGUUGCCACCGAUUCCAACUUUGCAGGCGUUGCCCCUGCUGAGACCCAGGAGACCCGCGCUGAGGAGGACGAUCACGUAGACACCAGGAAGAUCCGCCAUUACACUGUCAACUUUGGACCCCAGCAUCCCGCUGCCCACGGUGUGUUGCGCUUGAUUCUCGAGCUGAAUGGCGAAGAGAUUGUGCGCGCUGACCCGCACGUUGGUCUGCUCCACAGAGGCACAGAGAAGCUGAUCGAGUACCGGACGUACCUCCAGGCUCUGCCCUACUUUGACCGUCUCGAUUAUGUGUCCAUGAUGACCAAUGAGCAAUGUUACUCACUGGCUGUUGAGAAACUGCUCAACAUUGACAUUCCCAUUCGUGCCAAGUACAUCCGGACCCUGUUUGCUGAAAUCACGCGCAUUCUAAACCAUCUCAUGUCCGUCUUGUCCCACGCCAUGGACGUUGGUGCACUGACGCCUUUCCUGUGGGGUUUCGAGGAGCGUGAGAAACUUAUGGAAUUCUACGAGCGUGUCUCUGGUGCACGUCUCCACGCAGCCUACAUUCGCCCCGGUGGCGUUUCGCAGGAUAUUCCUCUCGGUCUGCUUGAUGACAUCUACCAAUGGGCCACCCAAUUCGGUGACCGUAUUGAUGAGACUGAAGAGAUGUUGACGGACAACCGUAUCUGGAUCGGCCGUACCAAGGGUGUCGGUGUCGUCCCAGCUGCCGAUGCCAUCAACUACUCCUUCUCCGGUGUCAUGCUUCGUGGAUCUGGUGUUCCAUGGGACAUCCGAAAGUCUCAGCCAUACGAUGCCUAUGACCAGGUUGAGUUUGACGUCCCAGUCGGUGUCAACGGUGACUGCUACGACCGGUACCUCUGCCGUAUGGAGGAGUUCCGUCAAUCUCUUCGCAUUAUCCACCAAUGCUUGAACCAGAUGCCUGCUGGCCCUGUCAAGGUUGAGGACUACAAGAUCGCUCCCCCACCACGUGCCGCCAUGAAGGAGAACAUGGAGGCUCUCAUUCACCACUUCUUGCUCUUCAGCAAGGGUUACACUGUUCCACCUGGCGAGACCUACUCUGCCAUUGAGGCACCCAAGGGAGAAAUGGGUGUCUUCCUUGUCUCAGACGGUAGCGAGAGGCCAUACAGGUGCAAGAUCAGGGCACCCGGAUUUGCACACUUGGCCUGCAUGGACCAGAUAUCAAGAGGCCAUCUGCUUGCCGAUGCAGUGGCUAUCAUCGGUACUAUGGAUUUGGUGUUUGGUGAGGUCGACAGGUAG